AUGGUCGUAAAUAUUAAAUAUCUUUUAUUCUUAUUAUUUGUUUCUAAUGACAUAAUAAGUGGAGCAAACUAUCCAUCACAUCAUCAUUCGGUAUCAUAUUAUGAAUGUACUAUUCCUCCUGACUAUUGGUGUGACUCAGUUGAAAGUGCUAGAUUAUGUGGAGUUGUCCAACAAUGUGAAACUUUUAAUAGAGAUAGGAAACCUAUAAAAAUUUCAUUAAUGUUUGAAGCAUUAUGUCCUUACUGUCAACGUUUCAUAACAAAUCAUUUAGGACCAAUAUAUAAUCAAUUUAAAAAUUAUAUUCAAUUAGAAUUAGUACCAUGGGGAAAUGCAAGAUUUAUGAGAAAUGGACAAAUUAGUUGUAAUCAUGGACAAAAAGAAUGUGAUGCCAAUAAAUUAAUGGGAUGUGCUUUAGAUGUUCUUCAUAUUAAACAAGCAUUACAAUUUAUUGUUUGUAUUGAAAGAAGUUUAACAACUUUAAAUGUUGAUGGAGCAUUAAAUCAUUGUUCAGGUUUUAUUCGUUCACAUUAUCGUAUCAUUAAAUCAUGUUAUACAGGACCACGAGGAAUUGAACUUCAAAGACAAGCUGCUAAAAAAACGAUGUCUGUUAGACCUAAUCCUAUUGUUGAAGUACCAUAUAUUUUGAUUAAUGAUUAUUCACCUAAUUUAGAUGGAAACAAUUUAAAUGUCAAUGCUAUUACACAAUUAUUGCAAAAAUGGACAAAUAACAAAAGGCAAUAUAAGCAUAUGUAG